AAUAUUACCUUUUGAUAUUAGAAAUUUUAUCUAAAUAUAUAACAAAUUUUAGCACAUAAAUACAAAAAAAAAUUUAAAAAAUUCAAAUAAAUUAUACAUCGCACGGAUUUCCAGUGAGAUAAUAAAUCCAACCCGAACCGAAUGAAUAACCCGUAUUGACACCUCUCGGACUAUCAAAGAGAUCAGAAAGACCUUCUAGAAUCAUCUACUCUCUCAAACUUUUCAAUAAAUCCCUCCACUUUACAGUUUACACUUCAUCGCCCCUUCUACUCCUCUCUUUCUCUCUCUAUAUAAAUAUCCCUCUAAAAUCCUUGUUAUUACUGAUUCAUCUCGACUCUUCCCUUUUUCUUUUCAUUUCAUCUUCCUCCAAGAAAACCCCUGUUUUUCUCUUUCUCCCUCCUCAAAAUCCGACAACAAUGGCGAUUCUCUCAGAUUACGUCGAAGAAGAGCACAAACCUCAAGAACAACCACAACAACCACCGCCUACUCCGAAGCCGUAUUCUACAAUUCUCGAUCCUUCGAAUCCGCUAGGGUUUCUUCAAUCCGCCAUUGAUUUCGUUGCGAAAGAGACGGAUUUCUUCGCCGAUGAUUCGUCUGAGAAAGAGGUUGUUAGUUUGGUUAAGAAUGUGAGGGAGAAGCUUAAGGUUGAAGCCGAGAAGAAGAAGAAGGAGGAGGAAGCUGCUGCUGCUGCUGCUGCUGUUGCGUCGUCUUCUGCUUCGAAGAAGAAGGAUGCGUCUUCUAUGGAUGUCGACGAUGAUGAUGAGAAGGAGACAGAGAAAUCUAAGUAUAUAGAACCGAACAAAGGGAAUGGUCAAGAUUUGGAGAACUACUCAUGGGUACAGUCCUUGCCAGAAGUUACUGUAAGCGUACCUGUUCCACCUGGGACAAAGUCAAGGUCCAUCUCUUGUGAGAUUAAGAAGAAUCACUUGAAAGUUGGUCUCAAGGGCCAGCCUCCUAUUAUUGAUGGUGAUCUCUAUAAGCCUGUGAAGCCAGAUGACUGUUUUUGGAGCUUGGAGGAUCAAAAGUCUAUCUCAAUUCUCUUGACUAAGCACGAUCAAAUGGAUUGGUGGAGAUGUCUGAUUAAAGGUGAGCCUGAAAUUGAUACGCAGAAAGUUGAACCUGAAAGCAGCAAGCUCUCUGACUUGGAUCCUGAAACAAGGUCAACUGUGGAGAAGAUGAUGUUUGACCAAAGGCAGAAACAAAUGGGCUUGCCAACAAGUGAUGACAUGCAGAAGCAAGAGCUGUUGAAGAAGUUUAUGGCUGAGCAUCCAGAGAUGGACUUCUCAAAGGCAAAAUUCAACUAGAUGGUGAUGUCGGUGAUGGAAUAUGAUUCAAUUUUUUGGGCUGAUUACUGUAGACAUGAAAUUGGAGAGAGCUAAAAGAGGUUUUUUUUGGUCUGAUGCUGAACUUGUUUAUACUAGUUUCGAUAUCUAGGGUAGAAUCUUCAUAUGAACUAAGCACAUGAUAACUGUUGUUACUUGGUAUAGAUACAUUCCAGCAAUCUUUGGUUUGCUAACUAAGCUUAAUUGCCAAACGUGACUCCAGCGCUUGUUUUGUGGCUGUGCAAUCAUAUUUGUGCUGCAAAUUGGAAUUGUUGUAUGAAUUUGUGCCCUACAUUGCUACAUUUGGAAAUUAAACUUUCCCACGAUUGCCUGAUUGUUGGUUUGGGUGGUAACUGAACGCCUGAAAGUGGUGUCAUCUGUGGUGAUGUAUGGAAAUAUUAUGAUAACUUUCAUUUUAUAAACUUAUAUCAUGUCAUCAACAUGGCAAUAUGAAUUA